GUAUUAUUCCCGGUAAGGAAAGGAAACUCUCUCUCUCUCUCAAUUCUCCAAACAAACACAUGCUUAAUCUUAAUUAUCAUGUUUUUUGAUUCGAUGUAAUAUUCCUGGGUAUUUCAUGAGUUCAUGAUCAUUUCAUUGUGAUCGAUCAUGUUUUGGUUUAAGGUUGCUUUUUGUUUCUGGGUAUUGUAUUUAGAGAGACUCUAAAAUAAUUCAGACCGUCAUCGGCAGAUGGGGUCUGAAGGUCCUGCAGCAGCUGCUGUAACAACAGUUCAUGUAACAGGUUUCAAGAAAUUCCAUGGAGUUUCGGAGAAUCCGACGGAGGCGAUCGUCCGCAAUUUGACGGAGUAUAUGAACAAGAAGGGUUUGCCUAAAGGUUUAGUAAUUGGGAGCUGCACCAUUCUUGAGACUGCUGGUCAGGGAGCACUUGUUCCCUUGUACCAGACAUUGCAAUCUGCCAUUACUGCUGCCAAGGAAUCUGAAUCUUCAAGUUCUAACAGAGUUAUCUGGCUGCAUUUUGGGGUUAACAGUGGUGCAACAAAGUUUGCUAUAGAGCGUCAAGCUGUCAACGAGGCCACCUUCCGUUGCCCUGAUGAAAUGGGAUGGAAGCCUCAGAAAGUCCCCAUUGUCCCUUCAGAUGGUGCUAUUUCGCGAACACGGGAGACUACCCUUCCUGUGGAGGAGAUUACCAAGGCCUUGGCAAAGAAGGGUUAUAAUGUGAUGACAUCUGACGAUGCCGGCAGGUUUGUGUGCAAUUAUGUUUACUAUCAUUCUCUUCGAUUUGCAGAGCAGAACGGGAUCAAAUCUCUCUUUGUGCACGUGCCGCUCUUCUUCACAAUAGAUGAAGAAGUCCAAAUGCAAUUUGCUGCUUCCUUGUUAGAUCUACUUCCUUCAAUAUGUUAGUAACAUCCGGCUCCUGUAAUUGUUCUGGUGUUGCAAUGCAUAUGAAAGUGGAUGAGUGUUCCUUUAAUGAAAUGUUAUAAAUUAUUGUGAUAAUAAGAUAUUGUCAUGAAAUGGAAACGGUUGAUUGAAAAUGGCAUGUGUGGCUGAGCCAUGAGCAUUUGCUUGGGCUGGCAAAUGAUCCUGAUUAAAGGCUUCAGCAAAAUGUUGACACAAAUUGACAUCUUCAAUGUUACAGUGUGAAUAAUGUUCAUUUUUCUUUUCCUUA